UCGCUCGGCCGCACCCGCACGCCUCUCGCCAAGUCCUCUCGGCCGAUUCGUCUUCUUCAGUACGCGCCGGCCGCCGGCUCUCUCUCCUCGGUAAGGCAUCUCACCUGCAAAUCCCCUGAUUCGUACUCACAGCGAGCGAUUCCCCUUGGUGCCAUAAUUUCCAAUCUAGUGUGUUAAAGGUCGCCAUGUGCGCCGCCCGGUCGUUCCCCAACUGGGUGAUGCUAGAGCGCUUCAUCUUCCGCGUGGACGACGACAAGGAGUUCCCCGACGACGUCAUCAGGGCGUCAGGCCUCACCUCUCAGGAGAAUCCCUUCCACGUCGCCUUCCGCCUCUCCAAUCCCCCAGGCAUCUCUCGCAUCUACGUGCAGUUGCCAGGCUUUCCAAAUUCAAGGAAUGUCUUGCCGUUCUCCGUCGUGGCGACCCACCGUCACCUCGUCCUGUUUUCCCUCAUCUCCACCGUCAAAGAUCAAAUUGACGUGCAGGACUUAGUCAUCUAUGACGCCUCUGCCACCUUGCAGACGCUCCCUCCUUGUACCGAGCUGGACAAUGUCCUCCUGAGAAUGAUCGCCGCAUGGUGAUGCUCCGAUCCACGGGCCUCUUGUACCUAGGCAACCAAGAUCAGUUCGAGGUGGUAGAGCUGAAUCUUUACCUAUCCAGGCCCCAGGUGGUCCUAGCUCAACUCUGUUUGCUGCGGUCGCACAUAUCAAAGGUAGCGAGCAGCGGUUGGCGCACCAUCCGUCUGCCGAUCCACGUCCAUGGCAACCCCGAUGAUGUGCAUCAGCUCUACUCCUGGAAGACCGACACUGUGAUCCCCUUCGACAACCAGCUGUGCUGGAUUGACUACAUGCGAGGCAUCCUCUUUUAUGACCCUGCCGCGAUUGUCGUCUCUUUCCUUCCGUUCCCUGUGGAUCAUGAGACUCCUCGUCGCAACAAGGAAUGCUUCUGGUUGUACCGUGGUGUGUCUGUCCUUGAUGCCAGCGGUGUGCUCAAAUUCAUCGACGUCGCCCGCGAUGAUGGACUUGGCUUUGAGUCUCUCAGGCGUGAUGCUGGUUUUACUGUCACCUGCUACAGCCUCGUGUUGGGAGAACAUAAGAAGAAGAAGAAGAAACACAGGAGAACCAUGGAGUGGAGGGAGGACUACAAGAUCACCUCCAAUGAGCUCUGGUCUAUCAACAGCCUUGACUGCCUCCCACGCACCUUACUCAUGUUCCCUCAAGUGGACAUUGACAGGCCACAUAUAGUGCACUUCCUUGCCCCUGAAUUACGGUAUGUCAUCAAGAAGAUGUGGGUCGUCGCCAUUGACAUGAACACCAAGAUCGUGGAGUCAUCUUCUCUGUAUAUCAAUGGGAAGGAGGACCUUCAAACUGAGGACGCUGGCCUGACCCGUGCAAAGUCGCGCUUUCCGCAGUCCUUCCUCCCAUCUGACUUCUCCAAGUUCAUCACUUUCUCAAGGACGAGGAACAAUAUGGAAUGAAUCACAUCUGUCAACUUCAUCGAUCCUACUUAUAGUACAUCUUCCUGCCCAGCUACCAUUUUGCUUUCUUCUAAAUAUGCUAUGGUUCCUGGAGAGGAUUCUGUCGUUUCUCGACAUUGGUUGAAGGAGCUAUUUCAUGUUGUGGUCUACUUUUAUGCUGUGUGAACGGAUAAGCUGGUAGUUUGGGGUGUGUUCACCUAUUUAAUUAGUACAAUCUUUAACAGUGUCAUUUUGUCCAAGUUUGUACGUGAAAUCCCCUUUUAA